CCGGUCUAGCGAGUGUGUGCGUAGAUAUUUCCGGUUUUGCGGGUCUUGUUAUUUACUGCAGAAAAUGGCGUUUUACACAAGGUGUUUGCAAGAUCUGCCAAAUAUUACUAUUAACGAUGUCCACCGCAUCAUUCAAGCCUCCUCUUCUGCACCAAGAAGUGAGCGUGAGAAGGGGUUUAAAAUGUAUGUAUCCAGUUACAUCGAUAACUACGAAGAUCGUCUUUGUGGAUUCAUCCCCUGUUGAGAUGUGCAAUGCUGAGUGUUCAUGUGUGGCUGGAACAGCACUGUGCAAUCAUACUGUUGCACUUCUUUACCAAACUGCGCACUAUUCCCAACUGAACCUUACGGCAGUCCCCCCCGUUCUGAGUUGCACUGAGACAGAACAACGCUGGCACAAGCCAAGAACUAUGGGUGUGAAACCAGGUAGAGUCGGUGAUAUGGUGGUAGUAUCUACCAAGCCAAAGCAGAGGACUGUUGCUGAUGGUGUAAGGAGCACACUUUACAAAGCAGUGCAAGGAGAUUUGCCUGAUCAAGACGUGCUUAAAGUGUCAGAAAUUUACAAGGACUUUUCAACAGACAUUGCACCACUCAUUACUACCUUGUCUAUAAAUGCUGACAUCGCACUAGUUGAUUCUGCUCUUGGAAAAGUCCAAGAAGGCAGCCCCAUCUCCUUUCACCAUCCAGUGCCAGUGAGCCGGACAGUAAUUUACCACCCAGAUUGCCCUCCUCCAGCACUCCUACCUUUAGAUGGUUACAGGCUUGAGCCCACCAGCUGCCAGUUUGUUUGCAGUCACCAACAGCAACUACAUCUGCAGUCACUGGAGACUACGUUGGACAUGGCCAGGAGAAUAGAAGCUGCCACAAGGAAACAGAGUGACUCUGUGGAGUGGUACAGAGUUAGAAAGCCACGGAUCACCUCUUCGCGCUUCAGGGAGGUGUGCCAUGUCCGCGGCCAGAGCUCCUCAGAACACCUUGCUGAACGAAUUCGGAGAGGAACAGCACAAACAGCAGCAAUGAAAAGGGGCCUAGCACUGGAGCCUGUAGCAAUUCAGGAGUAUUGCAGAACAAAAAACACAAAUUUCUGGCCUUGUGGGUUUGUCAUCCACCCAGAUGUCCCCUGGUUAGGGUCAUCACCUGAUGGUGUCAUUUUUGACCCAACUGAAAGACCCCCAUUUGGCCUGCUUGAAAUAAAGUGCCCAAAUGCAAAAAGCUAUGUUGAUUGCAGCUAUUUAAAGUUACACAGUGGUACCAUGCAACUAAAAUCACAGCACAGCUACUACUGGCAGGUCCAAGGCCAGCUCUUGAUUACUGGAAUUGUGUGGUGUGACUUUGUUGUUUUUGCAGAGGAUGACAUGUUAAUUCAGAGAAUAUAUCAAGACAAUGAAGUAGCCAGAAUCAUUAGAGAGAAAGGAGACUACUUCUUUUUUUAUUUUUACAUGUGAGUAUUACACAGGUAAUUGUACAGUACAUCAUUGAACAUUAGUUGUUUUAAUCACAUGUACAGUCACUUUUGAAUAGUCAGACUAUGAAAAUGUAAAUACUUUGGAGAUUUCUUAAUGACAUUAAAAAUUUCAUAUUAUA